AUGGCGGAUAAAUCGCGAGGGCAUAAUCGCCAUGGAAGUGUUGUACGAAUUGGUUACUACAAUAUCGAAAAGACCAUCGGAAAGGGAAAUUUUGCAGUGGUCAAGCUUGCUACUCACUGCAUCACAAAGGGAAAGGUACGGCGUUUAGCGAAAUCCUCGACUUCAUUCGUGACUUCUCUCAAAGAAGCGCACCGAUAGAAACGCAACGACUCUUUACUGUCACUUCCAAGUUUUAAACAGCCAUAAACCGAACUUCGUAUCCAAACGGUUGACCGAAACAGUUAUGUAGUUUGUUAUAUUGUGUAUUAUUUCAUUGCGAAGUUGUUGAAUUAUUUUUCGUUGGCAUCUUCUUCGACUAGGUUGCUAUUAAAAUCAUCGACAAAAGUCAAUUGGAUCAAGAAAAUUUAAAGAAAAUUUUUCGCGAAGUUCAUGUAAUGAAGAUGCUGGAUCAUCCUCACAUUAUUAAACUUUACGAGGUGAGUAAUGAGUGUUAUUUGUAAAAGUAUUUUCUUCUAUACACUUGUGGUUUAUUAUGCCCUUUGGUCGGUUUUACUUGUCAUGUCUGUUCGCAGAUGGAUACCAUCUUUUUCGAAUCUUUUCAUCUCCGGCGCUUGUCUCCGCAACAGCAAUUUUAAUGUGCUUCUGUGGAAAAAUUUAUUUCGGAGUCGGUUUGAUUUGAAAAUCGUUCACAAGGCUUUUUCAAGAAAAGAAUGGCUGCAAUUCUUGUUUCUUCUAUUCGUGACAGACAGCGUGUUGCAGCUCACAAUACCUGUACAUUUACAACAGAUUGCUUGUCGGCAAGACGAGAAAAGCAGAGUAUAGGCCUCACUCCUUAAGUGCUCGUGUCACGUUCUGCUUUGGCUGAUAUCGGAACGGGUUCAGCUCUGUCUUAAUCAGCAUGGAGGUGAAACUCAGCCGGAAAAAUUGUUCUUCUUUGCUUUCCUCAGAUUCACGUGCAUUACUUAAACGAAUUUCACUUGAAAUUUUGCACUGUAAUCGUUGCUGGUUUCAUAAAAUGGCCUCCUCCAAAUUCAAGCAAUCUUCGGUUAAUUUUCGCUUUAUAUACUGUGGAAAAUGAUCACAUAUUGGGCCCAAUCUUAAUUUGCAAAUUUUAAAGCGAAAUUUGCGCACUUUCACUGCAAAAUAUUCUCUUUCGCCUGGAGUGUAAAUAUACAAAUUCUCACCGUCGAUGUUUUUGUUUACAAAUUGAGAACCGCGGUUGUUUGAAAUGGUGUCGUUGCGUGGAUUAAACCCAGCUGUAAAUUGGAGAAUUGUUGUGAAGUUUUCCAGAGCUAAUGCUUUCAUUUUAUGAAAGGUGUGAACCUUUUCAUGGUGAAACGAGUUUGUUUGAGUCAUAACGGUUGAAUUUUACUGUCUUCGGAUUAUUAAACUGCAAGUAAUUUAGCCUUAUAAAUAUUCCAUUUCUUUCCUGUCUUGUGGACCACUAGCGUUGCAAUUGCUUUUUGUCUGUGCUUGCAACUACUUUAUACAGAGGAACCAUCUGUUUCGAUCGAAACAAUUUGUCAGACGUGAGUUCGACACACAUGGAUGAAUCCACAAAACGUGUUAACAUCGCUUGUUCCAGUGCUCCAGGACGGUAUCUAAUCCCCUAAGAUUCACCAAAUGGUUUUGAUUUGCAUGAAAAACCUAGUUGUGCUUUCAUUGUACACGUUUCCUGAGUCACCUAAGCGCUUGGAAAGAAUGGGCUAUAGUUUUAUUUCGCGGAAAGGUUAUCAACAUUUAGCUCCCAGCUGAGGCACCUUGCAAUCGUUAAUCGAACCAUCGACACCAUACAAUGUAUAAUUGUACGCUUUCUUACACUAUGAAUUUCUUGAGUAUUACUUGACCAAAGUGAAUUUCUUCUCAUAUUUCACCAAUACCCUGUACGAAAUUUCAAUUUAUCUCUACGAAGAGAUAAAACGUCGACUUCAAAGGUGUUUUAUCUUCCAUCAAAGUCUCUAGGCAGGCCGUUUGAAGUGCUUUUGAGAAGUUUAUGUAGCCAGGGAUAAUAUUCGCUGGAGAUCGAACAAUAGAGCGAUCAUCAUAGCUGUUGACAGCAUAAAAUGACACAGUAAAUAUUUUGAAUGAAUUGGAUACAAAUUCUUUGGGCAUUAAUGCUUUAAAUAGAGAUCCUAUUUUCAAAGUUAUAUAAUUUUUUUAUAUAAUUUUUAACUUAGAGGUUCCUAAUCCCAAUCUUCAAGACUGAAUUAUGAGGAUUUUUAGUGAAGACUUUGGGUCAUACCUGGCAAACUUGCCAAAAAUAUGACUCAACUUUUUUCUCUGUUUAAAAAAAUGCAUUAUUAUACAACUGAAAAAUUUAAAAAAUUAAAGUUUUUUUUUUUUUUACACUGGAAAUGAAAAAGAUAUUGACUGUCAGACUUGCAUGCUCUUCAUACUGGUCUUUUUUCCCUUACUGAAUCACUCUGGUACAAGCAAGUUGUAAUUAAGUAGUGUGCAUAAUUAAGUUAGUUCUCCUUAAUUAAGAUUUCUCUGUCGAGCAGUCAGUAUCUGUCUAAUACAAUCAUGGUCUUACAAGGAUCAUUUAUCUGUUCUCAUUUACAAGAGGUGAAAGAUACAAUUUUUGACUAUGAGGCAGUUGUCUAGAACUGCAUCAUUUGUAUAGGCAAAUUUAGUAGGAUUUUUUUUGCGGUCUAAAUAAAUUUUGCUGUUGAACACUAUUUGAAGUUUUUGCAAGGGGCAAAUUUUUGUGGCCUUGAAAGAAAUUUAUUAUUUUCAGAUUUCCAAGCAUGUGAGCAACACAAAGAGAAAGCCCAUAGUAAAUACAUACUGAGUGAUUCCGAAUACGAAGAGAGCAAAGUUUUUCAAUCGACAGAGGGAAGCAGAUUCUUGUUUAGUCUUAUGUUGUGUUACAUUUUUCAGUGGGAGAUUAUUCUUGUAGAUUGGGAGCAAUUUGUGUAAUAUCGUGAUAUUAACACCCCAAAGUUGUCCAGCCAUAGAGUAGUUUGAAAUUGAUAUUUGAAAUUGAUAUUUUCGUGUGUUACUGUUGCAUGUUAGAUCCUGAAUGAUGUCCAGUUUUACUCGCAGAAUAUUCCCCGAUAUGUCUUUUCCCUUUUUUUGACUGUGUGAAACCACUAAACAAAAACUAUACAUUCAUGAGACACAGCAGAGAAAUGGCUAAAAGUGAAGGAGAUAAACCAGAUUGUAACUGAUGGAGCUUGAGAUGUUUGGUGUGAAUUUUUAAAGAUCCUUGUGCAAACUGUGAUUAAAGUGUAUAGUAGUGAUAUAUGUUUAAGAGUGUGCGGUUGAUAUCAGUAUGGCUUUAUGCCAUGAACAGAUUAAGUACAUUAAAUAACUUUUAUUGCAAAAUGGUUUAAAUGGUUCGGUUCCUUGUUGAGGAUCUAGGUUGACAAAAACAUUGUUCACGCACAUGUUCUCUGGUUAUCGUUUUAUUUCUUCCUGUGGUCAUAAUUGGCUGUAUGUUGGUUAUUUGUUGUCAGUGGGUUAAGAACUGUUGCAAAAUUUAUGCUUUGAAAACAAUCUCAAAUUACAUGUAUUUCGAGUAUUGCGCAUGUGCUCCUGUGUUGCUUGGGUUGCGGUGCAAUAAAUCUUAUAAAGCCCAGUCACUACUGUCGUUGCAAAUCAGCACGAUAGGCCAUUUCGAGCGACAUUGUGGUCGCAUCUCAGUGAACUUUACAGUAAUGUGCAUUAUAUCAAUAUUCAAAGCAUUUUUUUUAACCAACUGGAAUCAUCUUUUUUUUUUUGGGCAUGUAGAUUUAUACAAUUGUAAAAAUGUUAUUGUCACCUAAAAGGUAUUCUUCCAUGAAGAAUUCGAUUCAACAGCUUAAAAACACACAAGCUAUGUUACUCUUUUAAAUUCAAUUGCAAAAUCAGGGCUUGUCGAUGAGUUCGACAGUAGUAUGCUUCCAUGUUGUCACGGAUCCCAUAUUUUUCAUCUGAUUACCUACAAGACAGGAAAUUUUUUCUGUUUAAAUGUUACAUUCAUAUAAACGUUUGAGCAAAUUCUGAACAUGGAAUUGAUCCAAACAACUAAACCUGCUGUCAGUAAAUGAUCCAUUCAAUUCUUCUCAGAAACUAGGGAGUGCAAUUUUCUUUCCAUGGUAUUUCAGUGAAGGGACAAUUUUUUCAUCGUUGCCAAUGGUAAAAUGUGGUAAAAGUGACUGCUUGGCUUAAGAUGUGAGACUGCACAGGGGUUUAAGUGAGAUACCAGCUUUCUUUAACAGCUCUGACAAUGUUCUGCUCUCAUGGAGCCACAAUUGAAUCCAUAUGGUAAAUGAUGAAAAGUAACCAAGUUUUCCUGGGAGAAGAGGAUUAUUGUCGUAAAAAUAAGAUUUAUCACAAAUAAAGAAUAAUAAGGUUAUAUCACUGAUUAUGUAAAUGAAGUUUGUCUGCCAUGGUGGUAUCCCUUCUUUCCGGUUCAUGUACCCAGGGGACAACUUUUUUUUUUUUAAAUUCAAUGUGUAAAUUGUCUCACAAGGUUAUACAUUGUUUACUUAUUUUUAUCCUUCCUGCUUUCUGUGGAUUGGCAUUUCCUGUGGUAGACAAAUGCAUUGUGAAUUGCGGUUUGGUUCAUCAGAGUGCAACAAAGAGGUUUCUGCCUAUUUCGUCUACAGACAGAAGCACAUUGUCUUUUGGUUUUUAAUGGUUGGGCAAAUUUGUUUGCCAAUUAUUUGGAGACCAUGGAAAACAGAGUCUGUUGGGCAUUCCAUUUACUAUGUAGUUUUAUUUUACUUAUGAUUAAUUAAAUUGUGUUUGGUUAAAAACUCAUACAGUAAACCGAGCAUGUUUCAAAACAAAAGUUUGAAAUUGCAAACUUAUUUUUGCAAGAUAAAGAGAUGCACUUUGUGUGAAUAAAAACACUAUUGGUUUUGAACAAACAGCUGUAAAAACAAGCUGAAAUGAGAAUUUUUGUUUUAGGAAAGUUAUAGAAAAGAUCUUUAGUUCUACCAUGUAAGCAACAGGGAACUUGCUUGAAAAGUUAGAUGUUGUGCCAGCUUCACAUGGGACAAAGUGAAUUUUUUUUUGGAAUUCAAGUUGUUGACAAUGGAAAUCAAGAACCUUGAAGCCCUUUUUGAAACCACAUUUGGAUGUUGAUUUUUGAUUGCUACAGUACCUACAAAAGGGUGUUCCUCCUAGUCUUAAAAAAAUUAUUAAUCUACCAAUAUGAAUUUCUUCAGUUGGAGUUUUAGUCUUCAUUUUUAUUGCAAAGGAAGCAUAGCCACAACCAUUGGAAUAUUGCUAUGUAAACUUUUGUAUUAUGUCUGAUACACUGUUGAGUAGAGUCAAAAUAACAAUGGCUAAGAAAACAAAAACGCAGUGGAAAUCAGAAGACUAUCAGCAUGCAUCUGAUUCUUGUUUCUAUUGCUUGGAGAUUUUAAAUCAAUUUGGUUUAUCAACUGAGGUGAUAAUGUAAAUUGGCCACCAUAAAGAGCAUUAGCACUUCAUCAGAGCAAAUGAUGCAGGGCUAACUCUUGAAAGGUCAGCUUUAGCAAUUCUUAAUGGUGGCCAAUUUACAUUAACUUAGUUGGUAAAACCAAAUUACUUGUAUCUUGUAAUAUCCCUCAGCUGACGCAGCACCACUAUGACAGUUUCUUUAGAAACACAUCCCUUUGAUAGAUUUUAAAGUAGUUGUGCCCUUCAAGACUAGUAUUGACUUGUAACAUUGUGUCAAAAAUUUCUCUCUUCAAAGGUUUUAUGGUACUGUACAGCUGUAUGUGAAAAACAAUCAUAUAACAUGCCACAGAGUUUCUAACAUACUUUAUAAACUAUAUUUUUGUUUUUAAUUAACUAAUGCCAACUUUGCAUGUAGUUUUUGGCAUGAGCUCUCUGCAGUUCAAAUACGACAAAAACUUCAGCAAAAAAGCAAAGGGGGUUUCUUAUCAGUUUGAAUAAAUGAAAUUCAUUCGAAGGGUUUGAGACUGUUUGGAAUAGGUUUGUUUGGUAGUUGUUUUUUUUCUCUCUGGAAAUUUUUUGGUAUAAUCAGGGCUCAAAGUAACUGUGGGUCAACAUGCAAUAUCUGGUUAAGAUGACAAUUUGUGCAAACAAAUUUCUGGUUUGACAGUCAUUUUGACCAAUCAUGUAAACAGCUUUCAAACAUUACAUUAGAAACAGUGAAGUCAUAAAAUCUUGCAGCUGCUUGUAGUCAUAAAUUUGGAGAAUGCAGAUGAGAAGGUUUCGUUCUGCAGCUUUGUGAAUGCUAAGGCGGGUUCGCAGUUUGAGAAAACAAAAGAAAAACAGUGAUGUCUGUAAACAUACUAAAGAGACAACAAUGAAUAUUACGUUAAGCAACAAUUGUUAUAACAAGACACUUACAGCUGUAGAGUUUCAAUUCCUGAGUGGUUGCAUUAAAAAAACACAAUGGAAAGUGGUUUAUGUACAAAAAAAAAUUAAAAGAGAAUCUUUUGAAUAUGCAAAUAACAAAUGCAGCUGGCACUUUUAGCAAGCAAAACUUUUGAACUCUAUGGCGACAAGUGUUCGAGCAUACAAGGCUUAAGGGUAUAUAUUUGUCUAACUGGUUAUUACUUGACCCUCAAACCUCUAAAAGUGACUAGCAUUUUAUUUCUCGUUACAAUAUCACCCCUGAGUCAAACAUUAAGGUAACAAGAAAUAAGUGAAUGAUCGUCAACUGGAGCAGGAACUGGAUUCCACAAUUUCUCCUUGUAUGCCACUUAAAAAAGGUAUAAAGAGCAGUGUGGAGAAUAUGCUUACUAACGUUGGGGCGUAAAGGAGUGAAGUACAUAUUUUUGAUAUUUUGACUUGUCGGCGAGGAGAAACAAUUGAGGAUAAAUUUGUUUGGCGUCUGAACAUGCCUGGCAGCCGUGAAAAAAAUUAUUUAUGAUGCAGCCAUAGCUAUUGUAAGACUAAUUGUUUUGUGGCACCUGUCAUGUGCAACAUGUACAAAAAUUGCCUUACAUCAUGCAUCUAUCUUUCUUCCAGUUUGCUCUUGGUUACAUUGUUCCAUUUAGUUACAUGGUAAAUGUCUUAGAUUUCUAGUUUUUGUUUUGUUGUGUUUUGAAAUUAAUUGUUUAGUUAUCAUGUAGAAUCCUUGUUGCUGUGUGUCUGUUCAGAAAUAGAUGACAUUAAAAUUGUAGCCCAGGGUUAUACGGAUGAUUUUACCAUAUUGGUUGAUGUCUCCUGUGAUCUGUCACUUAACAGAUGUAGGACAAAAUGGAAUCUAUUUGUUUUUGUGCAAUAGAAAGGUGAAAUGCUGUUAAUGGUGAUGUCAUCUGUGUCCGUCCUCUACAUGAUCUUAAGUAGAAAUGGAUCAAAGUGCAUGUGUAGUUUAGCAUAAAUUUAUACAGUAUGAAUAGAAAUCAGUCACACAUGUAAAUUUGUGAAUGUAAUGCUCUUCUUUUAUAUGCAAAAAAACAUUAAUCUUGAAAGGUGAAACAAAAGGAGUGCUUGAAAAAAGGUUUCUGUUGCAUUUCUCACUGAAAGCUGCAAAACCUCUGAUCAAUAGUUUUUAUAAUAAUCAGCACUUUCACUGCCCAUGUGAUCCGUAAAUGCUUCUCAAUAAGUUACACGUCUUCUGUUGCUAGGAUUUAAGUACAUGUGCCAGUGAAGUACUGGUAUCAUUAUCCUCCUCUUUUCAAUGUAAGAGCUCUUUCUGUGGGAAUUAACACCGUCUUUUGUAAAGGAACAACCAUUUUUGGCGAAUAGUGGUACAUGUAGUUGCAAAUUAACAUGCAGCUUUGUUUGAAAACUUAAAAAUGAUACUUUGUAAAGGUGGACAAAUGAAGAGGAUGUAGAAUUUAAUGAAAAGGAAACAUGAAUUGUGAGAGAUGGAGGAGAAAGACAGAUUGUGCAUGGAAAACUUAAAAUUAUGUUUUGACAAAGGUUAAUUAGCCAUGUAUAGUUUAUCUUCAAACGUCAACUUCAAGUCGAAAACAUCCUGUCGAAAAGCAACUAAGGUACAGACAUAAUGUUAUUUUUUGGUUGUCUUGCAAACAGGUGAUGGAAUCAGACAGGAUGAUGUAUUUAGUCACAGAACAUGCAAGCAAAGGAGAAAUAUUUGGUGAGCAUUCAUCUUCAUCGGCUUAGUCCUCACAAGCUUGUCUCAACCCCCAGAAGUGAUUAACAUGUAACUUCUCCCUUUAACAACCAUAUAUUAUCCAGCAAACAGGUGGAAGCUGUUAUCUUGAUCUACCAACAAAUUCUCAUUGCUAAUUUACAAGAAAUGUGUAGCAGCUAGAGGGGAGAAUUAACAGUUAGAUCAUGAGAGUUAAAGGGUUCAUGCAAACAAAAAUUGUUGUUUGAAAUUUGGUUGUAUUGGUUGUUGGUUGAUUCUGAAUAAAUCAUUCUGUCAAGGGAAACCAUAAAAGGUUCAAGACGAGUUUAUUUUCAAACCUCUUUUUGGUAUUUUGAAAAAAAUAAACUCUACUUUUGGUAUUUGUGUGGUGGUAUAUACUAAAACUGACAUUCAACUUAGUGUUGUGGAAAGUGGUGGAUAUUUACCUCACUGCUUUCUGGCAUAGUAAAUAUCCAUCACUAGUUAUCUCCACUUUGUUGAAUAUUUGCUAAUUAUUGAGGUUUUGAGUUACUUGACACAAAUGUAUGCGCUUUCUUGGUACAUAUGUGUUUUGCUAAUAAUUUUUAUUUCUCCAUUUGUUUUGCUUUAGAUUAUCUAGUUGCACAUGGUAGAAUGUCUGAAAAGGAGGCAAGGAAAAAAUUUCUGCAAAUUGCAUCAGCUGUUGACAGUUGCCAUAAGCAGUGUGUUGUACACAGAGACUUAAAAGUAAGGACUUUGGAAUUUUUUGUUUGAGACACCUCAGCUUAGGCAAUGCCUUGAUAUAUGGGACAUACAUGUUAAACAUUGGUCACAAAUGAAAUGUAGCUCCUGUAAUCAUUUUAUAUGUAAAGCCAUGUUCAAACGAUCAUGAUAGUUGAUGAUAGUUUCAACUAUUAGGCGUGUUUUAACACGAACUAGCAUGCCUUAUCAGCAGCUAUCAUCAACUAUCAUCGACUAUCACUUAUUUUUUGACAUGUUCAAAUUCAACAUGGUGGUUGAUGACUACCAUGUCAAAUUUGACGUGGGGGAAGUAGACAAACAGGGCUGAUAAGAGUUACUUUGUAAGUUGGAAGCCUCGCUCUUUAAGCACCAGCUUCUUUACAUAUGUAAACCGCCUUGUAGGUGGAUCCUUAACCUUCACCCAACCUACGCACUAACAUCAGUAUGCAUAUUCUCCAUAAUGUUCUUUAUACAUUUCUUAAUGUGCUGAUAAGGAGAAUUUGUUUACUAAGCAAAACCGUCUUAAGUUAGUGAUCAUUUCCUUUAUUCUCAAGACCUUGAUAUGUGACUCAGGGUUGGUAAUACAAAGAGAAACUGGAUGCUGGUCACUUUUAGGCCCUUUCACGCCUGUGAGUGAUAAACACCCAAAUUUUCCUUACAAUAUCACGACUGAAUCAAACGUGAAUGUCGUGAGAAGGAAAUGAUUUCCAACCAAAGAUGCUAUUGAUUAUUAAACAAAUCCUCUUGGUCAGGAUCACAGGAAAUGUAUAAAGUACAGUAACGAGGUUGUGUUUAAUGAGUAAAAGUGCAGAGGGUGAAGUGCAUUUGAAGAACUGAUUUUUUUUUUUUUACUUUUCAGGCAGAGAAUCUUCUAUUGGAUGAGAAUUUUAAUAUUAAAAUUGCAGGUAAGCAUAUUUUCCAGGAGAAUGAAUUUUUUUUUGGUGUACAGGUGUAUGUGGUACAUGUAAUAGGAUAUUUGUUUUGUUUUUUUUUCCCUCGGAACUUAAAACAACAGUUCUCUUCCUCUUCGUAGAUUUUGGAUUCAGUAACUUAUUUCAAGAAGGAAAGCAUCUGAAAACGUGGUGCGGAAGUCCUCCGUAUGCUGCUCCGGAGCUCUUUGAAGGGAAAGCUUACUGUGGACCGGAAGUAGACAUUUGGGUGAGUAAGUCAUGACAUAUCAAGCUGUGCGGCCACGGAUACAUAUUCCGGGCUGGUUGAGAAAGAAUUGCGUUUAGGACUGUUUUGGACACAGGGAACAAAAAGGAACGUUUAGAAAUACCUGUCACCACGAACUAUUCUAAUAAGAUGACUUGACCACAGCAACUUUCCACGGAAUAUUUAGAGAGGUUAACUGAAGGGAAACUUUUGCUCUCAUAGAUGUUGUCGAAAAGUUUUGCGUCGGUAAUGUAUUAGGAGAGCAAGCCCUCCUUAACACGUGAAUUUGCUUGGGAAGAUAUGUAAGUGUGAUUUCGGGUUUCGUUUGGAUAUAAAGUAGUUUUCAGUAGGCUGUCGAAUGAAACCAUGAAUUGCACUAGUUUUACUUUGCUUUGCCCUGUAUUGGUCCAGAAAACUCGUGCUAUUCUCUCGUCCAAUCAGAUCCAAAACUGAAAUCAAACGCGCAAUGGUCAUCCGCCGGGCUUUCGGGGCAAACGUAGUUUCUUUGAAAUCUCAUUGGCUCAUCUCUCCUGAAUAAAUGGGUGGUAAGUUAAGAAAGAAAAAACUGUGGUGCUGCCGGCGUCGGUGGGAGAGUAGAACAAAGUGAUUUGGGAUUAUCAACUGAGUUGAUAAUGUAAAUUGGCCACCAUGAAGAGUUCACUCGCAGUCAAAGCUGAGGUGUGGAGCGUUAGCCCUUCGUUAGAGAGAAUGGAAUGGCGAAGGUCCAAUGCUCGAAACGUCAGCUUUGAAACUCUUAACGGAGUCCAGUUUUCGUUAUCAACUCAAUGGAUAAUACAAAUUUAGUUAUUCCUUCCCUCUGAUUGGCUGCGGUGAUUACGCUGGGCUUUCUGUUAAUUGAUCGUUUUAACUUUUCAGAGUUUGGGUGUAGUCCUCUACGUGCUAGUGUGUGGGGCUUUGCCAUUCGAUGGCAGUACACUGCAAAGUUUGAGGUCCCGUGUGUUGGAUGGCAGAUUCAGAAUUCCCUUCUUCAUGUCUAGAGGUCAGUAAUUCACCUAAAACAUUGACUUUGAUACGAAUGAAUGAUAUUAUUAUUAGCAUGAUAUUAUAGAUGAGGUGAAUUUGCUGAAUACUGAGUUAAAAUAAGACUUUGACAUGGUCUGCAGAUGGGAUUUGAAUGGUCACGAAGGUUUGAUUCUCAAAAUAAACAGUACCAUAUGAAAGUACUGAUCAGUAAAUUUUAUCUGAAUGGUACUCAGCAACACUUCACUUACAGAGAUUGAAAGUUAAAGUAAUCUUUUAAAGUAUACACAAGAGAACUACAUGAAAGUACAUACAUAUACAUCUCUUACUAACAGAGUUCAAGGUCCGAACUUUAACUUACGGACAGAGUUUUUUCCCUCGAGGUACCGUUACUUAAAAUGAGGAGCAAGAAAACAAUUUUAGUUAGAUAUUUUGUUAUAUCUCUGGGUUCAAUCGAGUCGAAAGAUUUCAAUUCAAAUAAACUUUUUAAUGUAGCGGACCUUGCACUGAAAUAACUACUUUGGUCGGCAUAACAAACAGUGCGACAUGAAGUUACUUCUCAUUAGCCUACCUGAAUGGUCACGCUUCAAGUUUCAUCUAUAGAAUAUUUAUUUAUAUAUAAAUAGAACCACGUUGUCGAAAAUAACAACUAAAGAUAGAAAAACGCAGAAGGGGGAUUAAUUAACUGGGAAGAAACAUUGAUGGAGAAGAUUCACGUUUACUGGGAAGAAAGAUCUUAUGAAAUGUAGGCUGUAGGUUUGCUGAUGCAAAAACCUUCACGUAGGUUUUUAUCUUCGACAUGCUUGCCUUCUCUUGGCGAAUUAUCAAAUUUAGCCAUCAGACAAACAACAAGUUGUUUCGUCUGUAUUCACACUUCAUUGCCUCGCUUAAAUCACGCGAACAGAUGAGAUCGAUAUGCCCUUUCCUAUUGCGGGUCAAUUCCUAAGUGAUAGAUUGACGGAUUGAAAGGAUUUUGCAACAUUAAAAUGAAAUCAGUUCAGACGGACACAGUCUGGUAGAGCGCUGGAGGCAGGCAAUUUCCUCUCGCGGAACGAGGACCACACGCAGCCUGUUGCGUGGCCCUUUUUCUAUGCCAGCCUAGGGGGAAGGGGACCGGGUGGACAUGGGUGCGUUUUACAGCUUUUAAGUCCCUUCCCCUCUCCUCCUAUAACAUGGCUCCCACAUGUCAGGGAAAAGUCAGGAAAAAAGUCGAGGAAUUUCACUUUGAGUCGAACCCGGCUUUCGCGUCUUCCAUAGGCUGAAAAACUUGGCAAAAUCCCUCAGGGGUAAUCUGCGUUGGACUCGCAUCCUGCCCUGGUGGACUAGACUCCUAGUCGCUUCUUACCAUAGAAACCGGCAGUUACGUAACCAACCAAACGACUUACUGUACCAAUUUUGUCCUUAUUUAGAAUGUGAGCACCUCAUUCGUCACAUGUUGGUUCGUGAUGUGGCCAAGAGGUACACAAUGGUGCAGAUUAUCAACCACAAAUGGCUGAACGAGAUGACUGAGGAAGACAAAGCUAGCGCUCUAGCAACAGACACGAUACCUGACUCGGAGCUGACUGAAGAAGUCUUGACAAUAAUGCAAAGCAGAGGAAUUGAUCGGGAAAAGACUAUCCAGGUGCUAAUUUUAUUUCUUUACUUUCUUAAGUUUUACUGCCUUCUCAGAGCUUUACUUGUAGUUAUUGUUAAACUUUUCAAGUUUCAUAAUGACGAAAUUUCCUCGGUCGUGUCGAUGGAUGAUGAUGAAGCAAGGAGGGCUUUUUGAUUGAUUUGUUGAUGUCAAAGCGCGCCAGGAGAAGGCAGAUUCCUCUUCCGGCCUGCGCUUAAUUCCCAAACAAUAUAGGAACGAAAAUUUCUUGGGGUAGAAUUUGCCUUAGUUCGAAAUGUGUCUUACAAGUUUCAUCGUCAAGUCAGGUAUACUAGCUAGUGUUAAUGUUGAUAAGUUGAAGCUUAUAUUCUUGUUCAGAACCUCACACGCCAGUUUUGAACAAAGCGACUUGUUAGGGGGAAACGAGAAAGAAAUUGGUUGGUGUCGAUUAUAUGACAAGGGAAUUUCUCAAGCACAUUUCCAAUGACUGAAGUUAAAUUUUCCGUCAGAAAGUUUUUCUGGAUACUUGAGCUGGUUAUCAACUGACAAAACUCGACUUGACUCUAGUCGAUAACUGUUGUAUCUUAAAUCAUUUUCUUUGUUUCCGUUGCAGUCACUUUUCAAGAAGGAUUACGACCAGUUCUCCGGUAUUUAUUUCACACUUCUGGAAAAGCUCAAAAGAUCUGCCAGCUCGUCACACGAUCCUUGCGCCAACAUAACUGCCAUACCUGGCAACUCAAGUGAUUCAGAAAUGAUGGAGACAGAAGAUGAGUUGGCUGGAGCUGAGAAACCGUCAAUGAAUGUUCCUACCGUCCAAGUGACUCCUGACUCGCCCACGAGGCGAGUGAAACCCCUCCAGGACCAAUGGGACCUCACGCAGGAGGGUGACGAAGAAGACGAUAAGAUGCCGGAUGAGAUCCCUCCAAGCUUGAAGACCUAUCUGGAGAAGCGGCGGCAUACUCUGACCGCUGUGGAUCCGUUGAUGGAGCCGGAGCUACGAGAGAUGCUCACUCAGAAAUUCGUGCAACAGCCCUUGAGUCCUCUAAGUCAGCCCACUGAGGAUGCAUUCCAGGGUGCUUUAGGAUUGAACCCAGGUUUGCCGCCGUAUUCGCCCACGCUGGACCUGUCUUUGGCAUACAAGGAGCAAAUUCUGCAGGUGCCCAGUGUGUUCCAGCUUAGACCGCCCUUGGGAAGGAGGGCCUCCGAUGGACCAACGAGCCUAGCCGCCGGAAUAGCGCAAUUUAAUGCUCUUCGUGCCAUGGCUGGAAUAGGAGACGAUAAUCAGGGUCACACGGGCUCACUAAGCGGUUCGCCGUUAAACAGCCAUAAUCCACUUGUGUGUCAGUCACCAUUCUCGGUUUCGCCCGGGCCAUCGAGCCCUCAAAUAAGCGAAGGGGCAAACGACAGCGGCUCAGAUCAGGAACCAGAUCAAGAUGCCAUUGCACGGUACAUGGCAUGUCGAGGGGCACGGCAACGUCACACCUCACCAAAUGAAAUGCCAGAUGACAUGCUUCAACUGCGAUUAUUACAAGUGCCGUUAAAAACCAGACGGACCGUGUUUCCUCCCGCAAGGGACCGUCCAGGACGGGAGGGACCCUUCAUAACUACACCCUCCGGGAUUCGAUACAACGGAUCAAGACGAGCUUCAGAUGGAUCUGCUUCGGUGCUAGCCUACAAGCAGCAUAUGGAGCGCAUCAGCGGCAGCGGGUCCAAACGAAACAGCCUUCGUGAGCUGCAAGAGGAGUGCCUACAACUCCAGCAGCAGUAUGGCCGAGUUGCUGAAGCAGAACAGCAGCGUAGACAACAGGAACAACACGAGCUUCAUCUGCAGCAGCAGUUUUACAGUAGGAGGGCGUCGGACAGUGCUGACUCUUUAGCCGCCACACUCGCUCAGUUCCAGCAGCAGUACGCACCUGCUCAUACGAGUCAGGAGUUGGACUUCGAUGGGCAAAGAGUAGAAGUAUUACUCCAGAGUUCGGUCGAAGAUUUGGAGGAAAUUCCAGCUCAGUCGUCGAUGGAGCACCAAGAUCUUCUUCACAAGGAGAUGCAACGCUUGAACAUUGAACACUGCACCCCGUCACCUUUCGACUCCGCAGGAAUUAUCCACUCCACUUCAGGAGGAAUAGGUUCGGAUCCUUCCGCGCUUUCCACUCUUGCACAAAAUCUUGCCUCGAACUCGCCAAGAAACAGUCUUCUUAUCGAGGACUCGUCGCCUGCAUCCUCUACUGAGACAUCGAACUUUCUCUCGCAGAAUGUUAUGUCAACACAAGCAAACACGACCUCGUUUCUAUCCGAUGGCGUCGCAUUAUCCUCUCCAGUUCCUUCGCCGCCGCCGUCUCCUCUUAUAUCAGCAGUGCCCCUCAAUCAGCGGUAUCCCAUACCUAGCAUUGCCACUUCUACCACAAGGACUGCGUCAAACGGAAGCUUGGCGGAGACAGUAUCGGAUACGGGAACUAUUCCACCAAUUCCCACCAGUAUUCCAGCUGCUAUGUUGGGAAAUCCGGUUAUAAAUGAGAAUGAUCUUGAAGAGUUGGCAAGGGCUAGUAGAUGGGGACUCGGCGGUGGCACAAUGCCCCUAAGCCCUGCAACACUUCUCGGGACUAUCGGGACAAAUCCUGCGGCAGCGUUGCUCGCGGGAAACGUCGGGCAGCGGUCGCCAAUGCAUCACCGUCGACAUCAUACGGUGCCUUCUGCGCAAGACGCCUGGAAUUCUAUGGACUUGCUCAGAAGAGCGACCGCUAAUAAUGUUUUAUCGCAAAACCAAGCAAGGGACAUGUUAAACAACAAUAUUAAUUUGGAAGAGGGACUAGGAAUUAGAGACGGUCUUCUAUAUAGAACUUUUUCUCCCAACGGAACAAUUCAUCAAGACUCUUUACUUAAUUCGCUUAGCAAAGGAGACGGUUCGCCCGACUUGACGCAAACGAACACUUUGCGUAUGGCAUUUUCUGUUAAUAUGACUUCUAGCAAGUGUAUACCUGAUAUUCUUAGUGAAAUAAGAAGAUCGCUGGAUCAGCGGUCUGCCAAGAUUGCUUACGAACAGUCGGAGCAGACAUUCACCCUACAGCAGGGGGGUGUGUGCGCUGAAAUUGAAGUCUGCCCCCUCCGGGAGAAUCUUAACGGAUUGCGCUUGCGACGAGUCAGUGGCAACCAGUGGCAUUACAAGAAACUUUGCAACGAGGUUCUUGCGGGAAUGAACCUGUGACGUGACUGAAAGCGUAUUGCGUGAAUUGAAUUGAUAAUUAGUUUUCUUUAAAACAAAGAUUGCGUGAAAGUUGAUGUAGAUGGAGUGUAGCGCAAAACACUCAUCUUUCACUCGCGUGACUUUGAGGUAAAGUGCUUUUAUUGUGAAUUUAUUUCUUUCCUGAAAAAGAAGUUAUACCCUAAAUUAGGAGUAGAUAAUUGACUUACAUAGCUCAAAAGUAAAAAUUGUUCUCUUGUUUUCGUUGUAGGAAAGUUUUUUUUUUCUUCCCUUCUAUUCGUGAAAGUCUAAACAUGAUAUACGAGCAGUGUUUUUUGUGCUUGCAAAUUAAGCGAUUCAUCUGCCUCUGUUAUUGUUGAGCCGAAAUUUUCAUUCGGAAAAAAAUUCCCUUAAAAUUAUCGUUAAAUACUGAUUCUUAACUUUUAAUCCCAGAAAUUGUUAACAGGCUCCUUGUAUUUUCACUCCGUUUUCCAGUAAACAGGUCAAGAGAAUCUAAGGGGAAUUUUCUUAAAUUUACAGCAAAUGCUCUAAAUUAUUGAACAAAGCAACAUAAGUUUGGUAGAAAGGAAAAUUAGUUGACUAGAUUUUCAGCGGCAGAGAACUAUGGCGCAAAAACAAAGGACCUUGACCCCUGACAAAUUCUCCUAUUUUCAUUCCCUUAUCUUUCUCUAAAUCGUCCUCUUCUGUUUGUCACGGCCUAACAGUAUUGCAGAAUUUGGUUAAAGCACAGGCCAGCGCGAACCAAAUAUUCGAGGACUGGGGAGAGUUGAGAAGAAGUGAGACAGGUUUAUUUGGUUGAGAUCGGCGUGAUGUGGUCGAAAUGUCUGGAUUUUCUUUGAAUGUUACCUUUGAAGUGCCCAAUAACCUUUAAAGAAAGUGAAUACCCUUGCUCUUUACCUUAUCUUGUUCCUCAUUUCAUCCGAAUGUCUCUGUAAACUCUGGCCUCUACCGUUCGCGAGAACUGCAAACUGCAUGAAAUUUCAUAUAGAGAAGAGGCUCAGAAUGUUUUUUUUUUGUGUGUGUGUAGAAAAGGUUUUUUUUUAAUCUGGUUCAUUGCGCCUUUGCACUGGAUCCCUUGUUCCAACUUGUGCUGAUUUGACUACACGUAAAUACUUUCACUUGAUACAAUAUUGAUUAUAAAACAAGUUGUCUUUGUUCUGAAUUUCUUACCUUAGCGGUUUCACCUGCAUUAGUUGGCGUUCAGUCUGUGUAUAUAAUUCCUAGGAAUGAAAUAAAUUUUGCCUAAAAUCGUUUGCACUUUGAUUUUAAUCGCACCACAAGCCCCAGCCAAAUUCAGCAAUAGUAGCCCCUGUCUAAAGACAGAAGUAAGGGUCGAGAACAUUCCGGAAAUGGUUCGGAAAUAUUCGGCACUUUUCGUAGCGUCUCGGGAAGUAUUACAUUUAGGUUAGGCUCUUUUCAUCCUCAGAAAUGGCUUGUUUUUAGCGAUUAAAGUUGAAGCGUGGUAAAUCUCGGCAGUGUAUAAAUAAUUGUAUAGUAAUAAAUUCCUUGCCUAGCCAAGUAAAAUAAUGUAAUAUAUUUUCCUCCCGAGAAAUAUCACGAAGGUAAAAGAUUGGUAUUGCCCAACCACAGAAUCUUUGUACAAUAAAAGAGUAUCAAAGUGCCUCUG